UAAACAAAAAAAUCUCCGAGAUUCACAACAGCUGCGCUACAAUUUUGAGUUCAGUAUUUUCCUCCAACUGGCUUGACGUGCGAUCUCUUUUUCGUAUUGGAGGGCCCAGUGUUUUACCCCAUGGGCAAAGAGGAAGCGCACACAAUUUUCCGUGGAGGUUCGUUGUUGAUAGAGUAUCGGCGGCUGCCGUGAGCGACUGGAUUCCCGCUGCCACUGGGUCAAGCGAAUCCGCCCAUCGCUCGCUGGCCUGCAAGCGCUACAAGAAUUGUUUGAGCAACCUCUCUAGUCUUUAGGGCUACGGCCCGUCGCAUCUCAGGUCACCAUGCCGCUGACGGACCAAUCCCUUGAAAAAUAUGACCGGUUACGCGGACGCUAUGAGGAAAUGGCAACACGCCUCUUGGACCUGGAGCCGGCCGACCCGAAGAAACGUGCUCAGCGGCAAAGAGUGAGGUCGGCUGCCGCAUCCUACGUUCCACAGAGCGAAGCAAAGAGACGCACCGGCGACCCAGACUCGUUGCGGCGCAUACAAGCAAACAUGAGGCACACAGUCGAGGAGCGUGAGCACACGCUUGGAGGUCUCAAGGGUACUCUAUCGCAAGUCCAGAAAACGGAAAGACAGCUAAGACAACAAGACAUGGAGCUAAGGCGGAAGGCCAAGGAGCGGAAAGAGGUUGAGGGAAAGACCGAAAAAGAUUUGCUGAAGCGGUCGAAGGAUAUUGAUGAGGAGAUGCGCCAGGCAGAUCGCACAAUGAAGCUUGAGCAGUCCCGUCACCAACAUGAACAAGCUGAGGCACGGAAGGAGAAGCAACGAUUCCUGACGGAGAGACGAGUACGCCAGAACCAGGCAAUCAAGCAGAAUCACAAAGAAGAGCAUGAGCUAAACUUUAAGCACACCAAACUGAUGCAGCAGAUGGAAACAGCUGCAAGAGAGACGGCGCGAUCUGAGCGUGAUUUCGAAGACCGCUGGCGGAGACUAGAGGCGGAGAAAGCAAAGCUGAAGAAAGAAGCGCUGGAGACCAAGUUGGCACUGGAGAUGAAGGCCAAGAUGCGAAGAAAGCAAGGCGACGAGUUUCAUCAGGAGCAAGAGAGACUCAGAAGAGCUGACAUGAAGAGAUCACAAGAAAAGGACGAGAGAGAAGCUCGCCUCGCCGACACUCACCGUCGCACCGCCAUGAGCAAUGAUAGGGAUAUGCAGUAUGUCGGACAGCGCAAACAGGUCACCAAAGAGAAGUCCAUGCAAGCGUCCACACGAGAGGGAGUCACCGGCAAUGAGCUCCGUCGCAAGUCCACCUACAUGACGGAGGCACGGAGAGCGGUGGAGGGCAACAUGGAGUUUGUCGAGCAGCAGACUCUGCUAGGACUGGCUGAUGAUCGCGAUAGCUUCGCCGUCAACAAAGCGAAGCUGCUUGAGCUCGAGGAGAAGUUUGACACGUUCUGCGGGACUGUGGCCGAAAAGCAGGCAUGGGAGAAGUCCAUCGCACAGCAGGUGAUCGAAAUGAAGAAGAAAGCUCAUCUGGACGCAGCCAAGCAUGCAAAGGUCGGACUAGACCGCAGUUCCACGCAAUACAAGGAAUCGCUGCAUGAAGUAAAGCGAGCUACAGACACUGCCGGCAAACAGCAGGCUAUCGUCGGUCAGCUAGAGAAAGAUCUGGCCAGGCUGAGAGCAGAGAACGAGAAUAGGAUACGGCUGGAACGCCUGAAGCAGAAGAAGGAGGAAGAGAGGCUGGAGCAACAGCUUAUAAAGGAGCAUUCACAACUCACAAAGGCGAUAUGCAGGAAAGCAGGCAAGGAGACGGAGAUGAGUGCGGCUGCAGCGAGAAUGGCAGAAGAUGCUCUCACUGUGGAGAUAGAGGACGAUGAAAUGCUGAAAUUGACGCGCAUCCAGCCCGAUCUUCAUUAGAUCUAGCCGGCGUCCUGCUGAACACAGCAUUGAUGACACACUGACACAAGCAUUUCUAUGACUAGGCUGCAGUGGAGUGUCCACUGUGCCACUUGCUGAUGCUGCCUGCCCGCUUGCUAGUGCAUGCGGUGCGUUGCCAAGGUAACCUACGUGCACUUUUCGUUUGCGUAAAUUAUUCGCUUUGUCGCUUUGCUCUUUCUUUAGUUUUGGAACUGUGUGAAGUUGAAAUGCGGAUUUUUGGUCUCUCUCUCCUUUCUCUCCCGCAGGCUCUCCCGUUGCCUUUAAAAGAUUCUUGACAAUGUGCUAUGCCUGUUUCGCCACUUAGUAGGCCUCUUACCCCCCCCCCCCCUCCCGCCUUUGUGUCAUUUCCGAUUCUUGAUUUUCGUUGCGCACUCAUUGUCAGUGCAAAGUGCGCUUGUUUCCGCUCACAAACACUCUGAUUGGCGUCCCGUGCAAAAAAGGCACGUGCUCAUGUCUAGUCCAGGCAUCACGCAUGUACUCCUACAUCAUGAGCGAACGUGCAAAUCGUUAUUCUGUGGAACUGAGUUUGUCGUACUCUCAUGCUAAAUCAUCUAGUCGAUUUCGUGCGCGUAUGCGAAACAUGGAGUUUUGUUCCAUUCA